AUGAUGUAUUUUGCAUUUUUAUUUGGGUUUUGUUUUGUUUUUUGGAUGGUUGGUGUGUCUUGUAAUCCGUCCCCAUAUUAUGGAGUUUUAAGUUUGGUUCUUGGGGCGGCUUUUGGUUGUGGGUUGUUAGUUAGUAUAGGGGGGUCUUUUGUUUCUGUAGUAUUGUUUUUAAUUUAUUUAGGUGGUAUAUUAGUUAUUUUUGCUUAUUCAUCUGCGUUGGUGGAAGAGCCUUAUCCUGUUGCUUGAGGUAAUCGAGGUGGGAUAAUUUAUGUGGUGAGUUAUAUUUUAGUUCUUGUGGGGUAUGGGGCAAUGUGUUAUUGACUGUGGAGUAUGGAAGGGUAUGGUAGUGUUACAAUUGAUGCUGGUGGGUUGUUUGUUGUUCGAUUAGAUUUUAGUGGGGUGGCAUGGUUUUAUUAUUUUGGUAGUUGGUUGUUUUUAAUUGCUGGUUGAGGGUUAUUGUUGACGUUAUUUGUUGUGAUGGAGUUGGUUCGUGGUUUAUCUCGUGGGGUACUUCGUCCGAUUAGG